AUAGAAUUGGAGAAAACAAAUUUAUUCUACGUUGAAAUUUUAUAUCCACACAUAAAUAAAUAUACAGUAAUUUAUUUUUCUUGCUAAAAUAAUUUCAACAAGUAUAUUUCUUGAAUGUAAACUAAAAAUAAAUAUCCUAAUUUGUGGUUGGGAGGGCUUUUAUUUGCCAUAAAUGUUCCAACCCCAUGCAGAUAAGUAGGCCUAAAUUAUGUCGAUUCCCAGUACAGAUACAUUCAAAUUGUGUAAUUUGAAUUCUACCAAGUCCAAGAACACCAAUUUGAUGGAGAAACCUUAUUGCUUCUUCGUUUCCAUGGCAGUGUUGUUAUUAAGCACCAAUACAAUUUUCUCGUUAAGCGCCGCAGUUUCGAACGAAAACACAGAUGAUGAUCAAGAAGCACUUGUUGCCUUCAAAUCCGGAAUAACCUCAGACCCUUACGAAAUCUUGUCCAAGAACUGGUCUACUGAUGCAUCCAUUUGCAGCUGGAUUGGUGUCUCUUGUGUCGAAAAUAGAGUCACAGCCCUCAAAUUUUCCCGCUUUGGAUUUCGAGGCACUCUUUCCCCAAGUCUUGGAAACUUGACAUACCUCACUUCUUUAGACCUCAGCUUCAACAAUUUCACAGGCUCCAUACCUCAAGAGCUCUCUAAUUUACGCCGUUUAGUGUCCGUUGAUUUUGGAUUCAACAGAUUCACCGGUGAAAUACCGUCCUGGUUUGGAAACUUACGAGAAAUCGAGUCCAUUCUCAUGGGCAACAACACUUUCUCAGGCCCAAUUCCUCCAUCAUUGGGCAACAGUUCGAAACUGAGGAUACUCAAUUUGCAGUACAAUUCUCUUGGUGGAAUUAUCCCACAAGAAUUUGCCAAUCUUUCUUCUUUGCAAAAUUUGGACGUCAAGUAUAACCAGAUCACCGGUUCAAUCCCACAAGGUAUCUUCAGACUUUCUAGUAUCGAAAGGAUUGAUCUAACCGGCAACAGUUUGUCGGGCAGUCUCCCCAACGAUAUGUGCAAUAGUAUUCCCAAACUCAGUGGACUUUUUCUGUCACUGAAUCAACUUGUUGGCCAAAUUCCAUUUGAUAUUUACAAGUGCAACGAGCUACAACGCUUGUCUUUAUCCUUGAAUAAUUUCAAUGGCAGCUUACCAAGUUCAAUUGGCUGGUUGACCAAACUCCAAAGAUUGUAUCUCGGGCAAAACAGCUUCCGGGGGGAAGUUCCAUCGAGCCUACGCAAUCUGUCACGUUUAGAGGACUUGAGCAUCCGCGGUGCCUCUCUAUCGGGGAUGAUUCCAUCUUUUAUCUUCAACAUGUCUUCUCUGAAAAACGUCGAUUUCUCCAACAACAGUUUUUCAGGAAGCCUUCCAUUAGACAUGUAUAUUAAUCUCCCCAAUCUUGAGCAGCUGUUUCUUAGUUCAAAUCAGCUGAGUGGUCAAGUUUCGGGCAAGAUAUGGGAUGGUAGAAAUCUUUCGGUCCUAUCAUUAUCUCGUAACAGAUUCACAGGUUACAUACCUAAGCAUGUCGGAAAUCUGACGGCGCUUAAGUACCUGUAUCUAGAUAAUAACAACUUCACGGGUGAAUUGCCAGCUGAGCUUGGUAAUCUUAAUCUUGUGGAAAUCAAUGUCAGAAACAAUAGUUUGUCUGGUGCCAUUCCAAUCUCCAUGUUCAACAUAUCGACGAUACGUAUGAUGGAACUUUCAGCCAAUCAAUUCUCAGGGCAGCUUCCUUCAGCUAUAGAGCUUUCUCUUCCCAAUCUACAACAGCUUUAUUUGGGUGGCAACAAACUAAGUGGUCGAAUUCCAAGUUUUAUCACCAAUGCUUCUAGUCUUGUUGUCUUAGAGAUGGUAGAAAACUCUUUUUCUGGCCCAAUGCCUCACUUUGGUGGUUUAAGACUCUUACAACGCCUUUUAAUUGGAGGGAAUAAUCUAACAGGACAAUCUCCAAAUCAGGAACUGAGAUUUAUAUCUUCAUUAACAAACUGCAGAUUUUUGUAUGACGUAGAAGUGUCGCUCAACCAGCUGGACGGUGUACUCCCUGCUUCGAUAGGAAAUUUCUCUUCUUCUCUUCAGAUUUUUAGAGCAUUUGGAUGUAGAAUUAGAGGUUCUAUUCCGACUCAGAUUGGAAACUUGACCAACUUGCGAGACUUAUAUCUAGACAACAACGAAUUGACAGGAAUUGUCCCAACAACAAUAGGAAAGUUAAAACAACUCAUACGUAUAUAUCUCGAGCACAAUAAGCUCCAAGGACACAUCCCGAUUGAUCUUUGCCAGCUCAGCAGAUUGGGCGACUUGUAUUUGAGCGGCAACAAGCUCAAUGGUACGAUUCCUGCAUGUUUUGGCGAGCUCAAUUACCUGAGAAGAUUGUACUUAGACUCCAACACACUGGAAUCUGAUGUGCCUUCCAACUUAUGGAAUCUUAAGGAUCUAUUGGCCUUAAACUUAUCCUCAAACAGUUUAAACGGCUCUUUCCCACCUGGGAUUCAGAACUUAAAGUCAAUCGGAGAUUUAGACUUGUCGUGGAAUCAGCUAUCAGGGGAUAUCCCAAGUUCCAUUGGAGGAGCAGAAUCAUUGUUUUCACUAUCUUUGGCACAUAAUAAGUUUCAAGGUUCACUUCCUCCUUCUCUUGGAAAUUUACGAGGCUUGGAAUUGUUGGAUCUCUCCUUCAACAAUUUCUCCGGUUUUAUCCCAAAGUCACUAGAGGGACUCACUUACCUCAGCUACUUCAAUGUGUCUUACAACAGACUGGAAGGACCGAUUCCUACCGGAGGUAAUUUUGCAAACUUUACAGCUGAAUCAUUCGCAAAUAACUAUCGUCUAUGUGGUGCAACUCGUCUACAAGUCCCACCUUGUGGAGAGAGUACUAAGAAAGCUGCCUCUUUGGUGAAAUAUAUCGUGCCUUCUUGUCUAUCAGCCAUCAUUCUAGCGAUCAUAUUGAUUCUUCUGCUAUUGAGAAGAAGAAAAUCAAGCAAAGAUCUACCCGAAAGUGAAACUUCAUUGAUUCGUUCAUGGAGAGGAAGCUCUUAUCUGGAACUACAACGGGCAACGAAUGCGUUCAGCGAGAGCAACAUUCUUGGAAGUGGAAGUUUCGGAUCGGUAUUCAUAGGAACACUCUCUGAUGGCUCAACCGUUGCAAUUAAAGUUUUCAAUUUGCAGUAUGAGAAAGUAGCCAAAAGCUUCAGUGUAGAGUUAGAAGUGUUGAGAGCUAUUCGGCACAGAAAUUUGAUCAAAAUCAUGGACUGCUGCAGCAAUGAAGAUUUCAAAGCUCUGGUUUUGGAGUACAUGCCAAAUGGGAGCCUAGAAAAAUGGCUGUAUUCCCAUAACUGUUUCUUGGACUUAUCGCAAAGAUUGAACAUAGCAAUAGAUGUUGCAUCAGCCUUGGAAUAUCUUCAUAUGGGACUCGAUUUUCCCAUUGUUCAUUGCGAUUUAAAGCCGAGUAAUGUGCUGCUAGACAAAGACAUGACUGCACAUGUUGGCGAUUUUGGUAUUGCCAAACUCUUCGACCAAGGGGAGUUGAUGACUCAAACAAAAACCUUGGCAACAGUCGGAUAUAUGGCUCCAGAAUAUGGAGGUGAAGGAAUAGUAUCCACCAAAGGCGAUGUGUACAGUUUCGGUAUAUUGCUGCUGGAGAUUUGCACAAGGAAAAAACCGACGGACGAGAUGUUCGGUGAUGAAAUGAGCUUGAAGAGCUGGGUCAGCCUAUCAUUAAACAAAAACACGAUCUUCGAAGUUGUGGACGCUAAUUUGGUUGGCAGAGAAGACGACAAUUUCUCAGCAAAGGAGCAAUGCUUGUCGUCCAUUCUGAGUUUGGCAAUGGAAUGUCUAAGCAUUUCACCUUCAGACAGGAUCACCAUGAAUGAAGCUGUAGCCAAACUAGCAAAGAUUAGAACUAAGUUUCUAGCUGCCAAUAAUAAGUUAGUAGACAUCCAAGGACUUGAUCCCUAAGCCAACACUUUCUAGCUCGUCGUACAACAAAACACCAAUUCGGUAAACCUUGAUUAUAUUGUCUAUCAAGUCCUAUCGACGAGGCAUAAAUGCGUUUGGGAUAGCUGUUAGAGCUAAUCAAGGUUAAUUCAGACCAAAGCUUCCCAUUCACAGCUUGAAAUCCUGUAAUUUUCCGUCUUAUAUACAUGAUAUGAGCAUAAUCCAACAUUUUCAAUAAUAAGCAAUUGUUUUAACUAA